CACUGAAUCUCAACUUUCGAGAAUCGUUCUCGACUUUUUUUUUUUUUGUUCUCUCUUCUCAACUUUUCUUUCGCUGUGAUUGUGCACAUGGAGGUGGAAGUUUCGACUCUUCUUUCCAAUUGUUUUAGUCUUUCUCGAUUUCUUGGAUUUCCUGGUGGCAUUUCUCGUUUUCGAUCAACUUUUUUAUGGCUUUAAUUGGUCGAGAGAAGCCAUGGAAGCUUCGGCUUUUUGAUAUGAUUUGUUUUAAUUUUGAGAAUUGGGAAUGCGUAUUUGGCUGUUCGGAUGGUAAUUCCAAUUCAUUUGGGUUCUUUUGAGGAAAGCUGGAAGGUGAUUCAGUUUUAUAUGGAGUGACCACUUGUUGUUCUGUUUGUAAUUUUCAUUUCUAGAUGGAGCCCUAAACACUGAACAGGGGAGGGAAAGGGAAAAGUGAUGUCUACACUCUACGAGUGAUCCAGAAUUUCAGAGAAAUAACUGGAGUUGCUUGAGCAAUCCAUGGCCUUUGAGCAGUACUAUGCGCAUGGAUGGAAACAACACGUCUCUAGUACAGGGGGAACAGAUCGAGAAAACUACAAAGGUUGCUUUGAUUGUAACAUAUGCUUAGACUUUGCCCAUGAGCCAGUGGUCACUCUGUGCGGCCACUUGUACUGCUGGCCUUGCAUCUAUAAAUGGCUCCACGUCCAGAGUGCCUCUCUUGCCACUGAUGAGCACCCGCAAUGCCCUGUUUGCAAGGCUGAUAUUUCCCACACCACAAUGGUUCCUCUCUACGGCCGUGGCCAAUCUGCCGAGGAAGUCGAGCCGGAGGCCAAAGCAAUCCAUCGAGACAUUGAUAUACCUCCAAGACCAUCAGCUUGUGGUAACCAUAUGCUUGCUACUCCCAGCAUAGACCACCAACAGCAGCAGCUUCCAUAUCGAAAUCCUUACCAGCGACCAAACCAUGACCCUCUUCUUUUCAGCAAUUAUGAAGAAGACUCAUCAGCAGCUCCAUUGCUGAACCUUGCAAGAACUUCAUUUAGCAAUUUUCACCAUCCAGUGGUCGGGAUGAUCGGCGACUUGAUGUAUACGAGGGUGUUCGGGAACUCGGAAAACUUGUAUUCUUAUCGAAACUCUUACCAUGUAACAGGGAGCAGCAGUAACCGGUUGAGAAGACAGGAAAUGCAGGCAUCCAAGUCAUUGAACAGAAUCUCCAUAUUCCUCCUCUGCUGUGUCAUUCUGUGUGUUCUCGUCUUCUGAUGAUCAUAUUCUGUUGCUGGAAAGUGGAAACUACUCCCCCAUUCUCAACACAACAAAGAAGAUACAAAUAAAAUACAUUGUUGUCUUUGUAUUCUAGGCUUUUGGAAGUAAUAAGCUCAUGGACGUAUAAUCUGUUUAUAUGUAUAAAAUAGUAUUAAUAUUUAACUGA